GCCCGCCCGCGCCCGCCCGCCCCGCCAGCGCCGCGCCCCGCCGCCCUGCGCCCGCCCGCCCCGCCGUGCGCCCGGGCCGCGCCGCUCCGCCAUGCCGCUCUUCUCAGUGAAUGUGAAAUGGGGAAAAGAGAAAUUCGAUGGCGUGGAGCUGAACACUGACGAACCUCCGAUGGUCUUCAAAGCCCAGUUGUUUGCUCUGACUGGAGUUCAGCCAGCCAGACAGAAGGUUAUGGUUAAAGGAGGAACUCUGAAGGAUGAUGACUGGGGAAACCUAAAAAUAAAGAAUGGGAUGACCUUACUAAUGAUGGGUUCCGCCGACGCGCUUCCAGAAGAGCCGGUUGCUCGCCCCAUCUUCGUGGAGGACAUGACAGAGGAGCAGUUGGCUUCGGCUAUGGAAUUGCCAUGUGGAUUGACAAACCUUGGCAACACUUGCUACAUGAAUGCUACGGUUCAGUGUAUCCGAUCGGUGCCAGAAGUGAAAGAGGCCCUUAAAAGGUAUGGUGGUGCCUUAAGAGCUUCAGGAGAAAUGGCCUCUGCUCAAUACAUUACUGCAGCUCUUAGAGACUUGUUUGAUUCCAUGGAUAAAACUUCCUCCAGUAUCCCACCUAUCAUUCUCCUGCAGUUUUUACAUAUGGCCUUCCCACAGUUUGCAGAGAAAGGUGAUCAAGGCCAGUACCUUCAACAGGAUGCCAAUGAGUGCUGGGUGCAGAUGAUGAGGGUACUACAGCAGAAGCUGGAAGGCAUAGAAGGUGAUACAAUUAUGGAGACAGACUCUGGAGCUACAGCAGCAUCCUCUAAAAAGAAGAGUUUAAUUGAUCAAUUCUUCAGCAUUGAAUUUGAAACAGCCAUGAAAUGUACAGAAGCCGAAGAAGAAGAAGUAACUAAAGGAAAGGAGAAUCUCCUUCAGCUUAGCUGCUUUAUCAAUCAAGAAGUGAAAUACCUGUUUACAGGACUAAAACUGCGUCUUCAGGAGGAAAUCACCAAACUCUCUCCAACACUGCAGAGAAAUGCACUCUAUAUCAAAUCUUCCAAAAUUAGUCGCUUGCCAGCAUACCUGACUAUUCAGAUGGUUAGAUUUUUUUACAAAGAGAAAGAAUCUGUGAAUGCAAAAGUUCUUAAGGAUGUCAAAUUUCCUCUUAUGUUGGAUGUGUAUGAGCUGUGUACACCAGACCUGCAGGAAAAAAUGGUUUCUUAUCGAUCAAAGUUCAAAGAUCUAGAAGACAAAAAAGUAAAUCAACAGCCAAAGAACUCUAGUAAAAGUGAUGGUGCACAGAAAGAAGUUAAAUAUGAACCAUUUUCUUUUCCUGAUGAUAUUGGCUCUAACAACUGCGGCUAUUAUGACCUGCAGGCAGUGCUAACUCAUCAAGGCAGAUCAAGUUCCUCUGGGCAUUAUGUGUCUUGGGUUAAAAGGAAACAAGAUGAAUGGAUUAAAUUUGAUGACGACAAAGUCAGCAUUGUUACACCUGAAGACAUUUUGAGGUUAUCUGGGGGUGGAGACUGGCAUAUAGCUUAUGUUCUACUCUACGGGCCUCGCAGAAUUGAAGUGGUUGAAGAAGCAGCUGAACAAUAGUCUUCCGUUUUAGCCAUUCUGCCUAGGUGUGAAAUAAAUGUUGAUUACUGAUCACUUCUUUAACCCCAGAGCUUUAGCAAGUGGAUAAAUAAUUUGUUCAAACCUUCUCAUGUGCAGAGGGAUAUUGUUUUAAAACUGAUCCAUGUACCAAUUAGUCACUAUGGGACUGGACUGCCCACUGUGGUGGUGACGAUACUUAAAAUAGCUUUAAUGUCUUGCAGAAGAUAAUUUUUUUUUUAAUGAGCCUCUCCUCCUCCUUCUUCUCUAAUGUCAUCAAGUAUUUAUUACACACCUACUCUCACAUUUGUUACUCUUGCAUGGUUUAUACCACAGUUCAGUAGCUGUCCAUCCUUUGCCUUACCUGGCAGUUCUGUUAGGAAGGUAGAAGAGAAACCAUUGCCUUGUUGUGUAACUCAGUGCUGCUGCCCGUAGCCAACCGCUGUGGCUACAAUCAAGUAUUUGUCCAGCCUGACCUGCUGAUUCAGUCUGUUCUGUUGCUGGCAUCUCAUGAUUUCAGAAUAAAUUGUGAUCAACAAUGUGUCUCCAUUAAAAACAGCUCCUGUCCUGGUACUGUA